GGGAAAAAAAAAGAAUCGCCCCUUUGUUCGGACCUUUAAAAUUCGUCCCCUUCCUAUCGUAGAUUCGUAGCUAUCACGCGUUCCAGGACUCUUCCCAGCUCGUCGUCUUCUUUUGUCGUCGUCAUCGUCCUCCCCUCCACACUCUACUGGGCGCGUAGCUACAGCUAGUGUGGACUGGAGAUCGAUCCGUCCGGCCGGUCCAUCUGCUGGACCUCGAUUGAUUUCUUCUUACCUAGGGACAUCCGGGGAUGUCGACCCCUGCGAGGAAGAGGUUGAUGAGGGAUUUCAAGCGGCUGAUGCAGGACCCUCCGGCUGGAAUAAGUGGCGCCCCGCAGGAUAACAACAUAAUGUUGUGGAAUGCUGUCAUAUUUGGACCUGAUGAUACCCCGUGGGAUGGAGGUACGUUCAAGCUGACUCUCCAGUUUAAUGAAGAAUAUCCAAACAAGCCACCAACCGUGCGGUUUGUUUCUAGGAUGUUUCAUCCUAACAUUUAUGCUGAUGGAAGCAUAUGCUUAGAUAUCCUGCAGAAUCAAUGGAGUCCAAUAUAUGAUGUAGCUGCUAUACUCACAUCAAUCCAGUCAUUGUUGUGCGAUCCAAACCCGAAUUCGCCCGCUAACUCUGAAGCUGCCCGCAUGUUCAGCGAGAACAAGCGAGAGUACAACCGCAAAGUGCGGGAAGUCGUGGAGCAGAGCUGGACGGCGGACUGAUGCGUUCCGCUGCGCUGCGCAGCUGCUCACUGCGCCCGCGCCCCGCAUCCGUCCAUUCCAUACCCCCCCCAAAAAAUAUGGCGAGAUGUUUGUGCUUGUAACUAAAGCCGAAUUCAGCUGUUAAUGCUGUUCUCAUGUGCUAAGACGCUUCUCUAUCAUGGCUAGAUCGGUGGAGAUUGUUCUGUCUCAAAUCAACUUUUUAUCUUGUGCUGGAUCUGGAAUACAAACUUAAUUACUCUUGCAUUGUGCCAACAUUUUAUAUGAGCUUUACUCCUCUGGGUAUGA